UGCUUAACCGCCAAUACCUAGUACCAACAACACAGGGGAAACCGCAUCACCAAACCUCACCAAACAACCCCGAAUUCCUCCCCGGCAUCACCUUCCAAUCUAGAAAUAAGAAUGGUGUCAGUCUCUGUGCGUCGCUUGCUUGCAAGACCGCUCCAAACCUUUAAGCACUCCAUAGAUUAGGUAACCAAUCUUCAACAAGAACUUCCGUUUCAUAUAUAUACCAGCAUUUUGGCACGCAUGGAUACCUUAGAUCCCUGCCCCUGCGCGGAGUGCAUACCAGGUUCACUGCCCGUCGUCCAUGGCUCAAGCUCGCUUUGCUCUGGCGCUGUGUGUCCUCCUCGUCCACGGCGUGGCCCCGAGAGCCGAUGCGGUGUCCUACAACGUCGGGAACAGCGCAGGGUGGGAUCUCAGCGCGGACUUCCCGUCGUGGGUCGACGGCAAGACCUUCUACGUCGGCGACGUUCUAGUGUUCCAGUACUCGAAGUACCACACCCUGAACGAGGUCGACGAGGCGGGGUUCAAGAACUGCAGCGCGGCCAACCCGCUCCUCUCCAGGAGCGACGGCAACUCGACGGUGCCGCUGACGGCGCCCGGCGACCGGUACUUCAUCUGCGGCAACCAGCUGCACUGCCUUGGCGGGAUGAAGCUGCACGUGCUCGCCAGCCUGCCGCCGGCGCCGGCGGCAGCUCCGGCGGGGGGCCCGCAGUCCACGCCGCAGGCGGACCCCGGGACCGCCCUCGGGCCCAGCACUGACGAUUCGGGCAUCCCCAGGCUCGUGUUGGGCGGGUCCCACCGAAUCACGGUGGGGCCCCUGCUGGUGACGUGGCUGUGCGUGGUGGCAGCUCUGCUUGUAUGAUGAGGCGUUUCAUCUGCAAUGCCAUCUUUGCAAUUGCGACA